AGUUGUCAACUGUCAAACUUUUGUUAAAAAAAAAGUUUGCAAAUUAUUUGAAAAAGAAACAAUAUAUUCUAACAAAUGUAAUGUGAAAUUAAUUCAUCAAUAAUGACAACAGUCAGUGAAAAGGAAGACUUUAGCGAGAAUGAUAUUGAAUCGUUCACAUUGCCCGAAACCGUAUUAUGUGUGGAUACGAUAUGUCAUAUUUGUUCUGCUGAAUUUCUACAUGAUGAGGAUUUAAAAGUACAUUUAGUACAACAACAUGGCACUGAGCAGACAAAAUCUUGUCGUUUUUGCGCGUACAUAUACCCUAAUUUAGAGGAAUACGCGUCACAUAUCGUCAACGUUCAUGUACUCGAUUUAAAAUGCUGUAAAUACUGUUUACGUGUUUUUGCUCAAGGUAAAAAUGUUAAAGAACACGAAAAGAAGCAUUUAUCAUCUAAUUCGUCGUUUGAAUUGAGCUGUUCCAACUGUAAAUUGACUUUUAAAAGUAUAUCAAGUUUGGUCGACCAUGAGUGUUCGAUACACUCUGAUAUCCAAGAUGGGGUGGUAUUAAGAGAUUGUUAUUCCCUUCUAUCUUCAUUCUUAAACAUAAAUGCUCUUACAUUCUUCAAAUUUUUAGGAGAAAAACAAGAAUAUAGAUGUAUGAGUUGUGAUUUCUUCACCCAAGAUAUAGAGUAUUAUGUACAACAUUUGAACCAGAAAAACUGCAGAUGUUUAGUCUGUGAUAAUUGUUGUCAUGUUUUCAAAGAUUUUAAAAUGUUAAAAAAACAUUUGAAUACCAAUUCAUGUUCUACUGAAGAUUUUAAGUUGCCGUGUAAGAAAUGUUUUAAAAUGUUCACUUAUGAUAAUAUGGAAAAGCAUGUAAAAGCGUGUAAUGCGUUAAUAUGUCAUUCGUGCAAUGCUGUAUUUGAUUCGGUUAAGAAACGAGCUGAACAUCAAAGCAAAGUCCAUCCGAUGAUGUUUUCUAUCAAAGAAUGUAAAUACUGCCACCAAGAAUAUGUGGGUGAAGAAGCUUUACAAAAACAUAUGAAAAGAACGCAUGAUAAAAAACGCCAUCUCUUCAAAUACUUCUGUAUUUAUUGUGAAGAUACUAUAUUUGAUCAUCCCAAGAAAUUGUUUAAUCAUUUCUUCAAGAAGCAUAAGAAUUUGGAACCUUUUACGUGUAAAAUCUGCAAUGUAACAUUCAGAAUGCGCAAAAGUUUUACUUUGCACAUCAAAUUGAACCACCUAAGUGUUGGUAAUGUUAAAUUUGAUGAUAAAUAUCACGUGAUAUUUGAGAAAAAUGAUUUCUCAACUAAAAAUGAAAGCAAUAAUAAACAGAAUACAAUUAACAAAGAAACAGACGAAAUUGAGGCAAAUAAAAGUUCCGAGUCUUUGUUAGAAGAAGUAAAAUGUAAAAAAAGAAAAAGAGAAGUUGAGUUUGUUGUAUGCCCAACAGAAAAUGAAAGUGAUCAACCUGAUCUAAAAGAUAACAGAGGGAAGGUUAGAGAUAAAAUACUGCAAGGAGACAGUGAAGUCGACUUAGUUUUAUGUCCCACAGACAAAGAAACAAACCAACCAGAAGAACAGAAAGAAAGGAGAGUAAUUAAAAGAAAACGUAAAAUAAAAUAUAAAGAUAGUAAAGACUACGUUAAUUUGACGGUAGAUGGCUCUGAAGAUUCUGAUGAUGAACCACCAAUCAGGAAAAGAAAACGGGGGAAAAUGCGUGUGGAUAACACCAGGUUUCCCAAAUCGUUGGAUAGAUCUAAACAACUACAGAGGAAUAAAGAGAAAUUUACUUGCAGAACUUGCAAAAAAUAUUGUUACACAUACCAAAACUAUCAACAUCAUAUGACUCUACAUAAAAAAAAUCUAAACAAGAAAUGCAUAAAAUGUCCCAAAGUUUUUAAAACGACUGAACAAUUAAACCAACACAUAACUAAGAAACAUUCUACAUCGAAAUUAACGGAGACUUUAAAGAAUGUUCUAGAAAGACGUAAACAAACUAAACAUCCUACAGUAAUGAAGCCUAUUAUAAUAGAACGGAAACAAAUUAGUGAGAAAUUCGCUAAAACUAUCAAAAAAGUGAACAUCAAUUCUUGUGACACUUCUGUGAAAAUAAAACCUGUAAUAGACAAAUUAUCCGUAAGGAAAUUCAUUGAAAAUUUCACACCAGAUUCCAAUGGUAUUAAUUGUAAAGGAGACACAAUUUACAUCAACAACAGUCUCACAAUAAAACCGAUCAUAGCACCUAAUAAACCACCUUUUAUAAAACUAAUAAAAUCCCAACUAAAUCAACCAGAAUUCACGAAACUCAAACAACCAGAGAGAUUUAAAACCGAAAAUAACAAAACAUAUUCUGUAUCUAUUAAAAUAGCUGAUCCAGAUGCUAAACCAAAAAUGAAUUUCGAUCCAACGCAAGAAAUUCAUGAACAAGCAGAAGAAACUAACGAAGACUCAAUGGAUCGUAUUCCAGAUGUCGCAGAAGAAGUAAUGUUAGACGAUACUAUAGAACCAAAACCAACAGACACUAAAGAUUUAUCAAAUGUUUUUGAAUAUUCCUUUGCACAUUUUACACAACAAUCACCGUAUUACAAGAUAGUUAAACUUAAAGAUAUGGUAACGAAUGUACCAAAUGAAUUAGAAGAGAAACUAAUAAAACUACCUGAUGGUACUAAACUUGUGAAUGUCAAUCCUUUGGCACAUCUUCUAGAAGGAAGGGAUAUAGAUUUAAAAAGAAACAAAUAUUAUAAACCGAAAUUAAGUGAUAUUGCGAAGGCGGUAGCGAGUGCUUUAACAAAAACUCCAACGAAAAAGCCGAAAGCAAAGAAACCGAAAACAUCUAAGGUAGUAAAUGAACAAUAGAUUUACACUAUAACAAUGUAAUAUUAAAUUUAGCGGUUUUUUAACAUAAGGAGGCAAACGAGCAAGCGGCCACCUGAAUCCGCCAAAAUGGCGAAGCGACCGCUGCCCAGACAUCUGCAAUUGCAGAUGAGUUGCCUACCCUUAUGCGACAGAGGAAACGCACAUGAAGAGAAGAUCUCGCCUUCCUAUGUAUCUCCUCUGUAAAAUCCACUUCCCCUUUCCAUCCUCUCCUUAUAAAAAAAGGGUGGUAAAGAGAAAGGGACUUAAAUUAGGCCUCCAGGUAAAUAAAUUAGAAGAAAUCCUCAACGAAGAUCGUUAUUGUUAGCAAAUGAUAAUUCGUCUUAUAAGAUUUUUGAUUUGCUCUUUUUCCAGAAACAUUAAAUUUAAUAAGCUAAGAAGCUUUUAGUAUAUGAGAUUGGUAAAGAAAUUGAAUAUUUUGUUUUAAAAUAUAUUAAGGCACUUAUUAAACUAACGUAGUACAUAGAUUAAUUUAAAAAAAAAAUUAGGGCGUAGUUUUUAUUUUGGUGACCCUCAAACUUGCUAUACUAUGUAAAUUGUAGAUUUCUGUUUUGUAGAGCGUUGUCCUUGUCUAUGUUUACUGUUCUACUCUUUCCCGUGUUAAUUACGAAUUUUGUUGAUUUUAAAUUGUUUUCUUCAGUCUCCUAAAGCAUCGUAGAUUUUAUCUUUAUAGCCGGCGUAUUCUGAAGAAGAUUCUAGAAAAUAAACCCUAUCGUUCUCCUUUCUAAGGACUUUUUUGUUUUUCUUCUUUUUAGCGUUGUAUUUACUUCUUUGUGUCGCUUUCUCAGGGGAAUCUUUAACUUCUUCGGAUAAUUUAAUAUCUUCCAUAUCUUUAGAUUCAGUAAUAAUUGCAGUGUCGUUAAUGUUUAUUUCGUCUGAUUCGUUAUUAAUAAUUUGUUCAGAAUCUUGUACAGGCUCGUUUUCUUUUUCUUCUGUAGUCUCUGCUAUCUUUUUAAUCGGUUUUUUGUUUUUAUUGUUUUCUUUUUCCUCGUAACUGACGCUGUCGCUUAUUGAUUUCUCUUUCGACAAUUUACUUUUUUCAACUAAUUUUUGUUUAUUGUUACCUUUUCGUUUUUUCUUCUUAUUUAAAUUGACUUCAGUUGAUAUAUUUGCGAUAGAAUUUUCUAUACUUAUCGAAUCUUCUUGAGAUGCAUUAGUCUUAUUAUUGGAUUUAUUUUUAACGAAUUUAACGUAUUUUAGACUUAAAUUAUCGAAUGAAUCACGAUUGAUAAUCGAUUUUACGAAAUCAUCGUCGAACAUUGAUUUUGGAAAUAAAUCUUGUGUUGUAACAUUUUUUUCGAAAGAAUUUCGAUAACUUACUUCGUUUUUAAUUUUAUUGCUUGUGGACUUGCUUCGAUUUUGCAUGUCUUUAAUUUUCUCUACAGCCUUGUCGGCAAUUUUGUUUGCCAGUUCGUCAAAUUUAUCAGAUUUGAGUAAUUUAUCGAUUAUAUCAUCGAUGUUUGGAUUGUCAUCGAUUUGUAACGUCGAAAUUAAAAUGUUUGAAGGAAAGUAAACACUUAAUGUACCUAGAGAAAGCAAAAUGGGAUAAUUUUAUAAUAUUGUAAAUAAGAACGAAUAAAUUUUUUUAUGGAUUUUAAA